AUGGGGCUCUGGGCAGCAAAUAGCUCCUUGGACGUGCCAAGGAUCUGGGAGAAGCAGGUACCAAACGGAGCCCUGCUGCUUGGAGCCUCCUUUGGUCCCGGGAGUGACCCCCCCCCUUCCAGGUGGGCCCUGCGCUCUUCUGCAGGCGGGCCAGCCGGCCCCUUCCCUGUUCCCUCGUUUCUAUGGGAACUGGCCCGGACAAUCGGGGGUGGGGCCUCCCCGCCUUUCACCUGCGAGGAACUCGGCGCCCGGGAGGCAGAGGGGGCAGCAUGGCGAGCAGAGCCGCCCGGGCUGCGGUGCGGACUGGGGACGCGGCUCUUCCUCCCUCCCUCCCGCAGCACGUUCGGGAAACUGUGGCAGGAGUCCCGGGUGGCCCUGAAGGAGCUUCUGGCGCAGGAGCUGCCGGCGCAGCCGACGAAGCCGGAGCGGAACCGGGCGGUCUUCUUCCACACGGUGGCCACUCUCUACCUGCGCUACAUUCAGACGGCGCGGCGCCUCGAGGUUUGCUACGACCAGAUGGUGCAGCCGCAGAAGCGCCUGGUGCUGCGGCCUCUGCUGGAGGGCGUGCUGGGCCGCAUCCUGGAGCUCAAGCAGGAGCUGGUGGAGCUGGACCUGUCCGAGUACCACUACAUGGACCAAGUGCUGGAGGAGCUCAAGCUGACGCCGGUCAGUCCCGGGCGGGCAGCGGGGGCCGGAGGGGCGGAGUGCGGCGGGGAGAGAUCCUGUGGGGCGGACAUGGAGGUCCCCAUUCCCAAGUACUUUCUCCACGAGCGCGCCAAGAUCCUCCAGGACCGCCAGGACCUGUUGACCGGGCUCCUGAAUCAAAUGGGGCCCACCAAGAGUCAAGUGGGGUCCGCCGUGAGUGCCCCCUCCCUGGGAACGGGCCUCUGA